GAAGUGAGCGCUUCGACGAGAAGAUUUGCCCUAUGCUGUGCGGCCGCGUACGCUUUCCACCUGUCCAUUAGUUUGGCACUUGUGUGUGGGUGUGUGCAAAAGUCUCACUCACAAGUACACUUGAUCGCUGAGCGCGCGCGUGUGUGUCAAAAUGUCGCUUUGACGUAUGCGGAUCAUGAGUAGAUUUAAGUCACCUGAAAAUUAACCACGUAACCAGUCGACCGUCGCGCUAUUCGUGGUUUUAAAUCAAGCACAAUACAUAUAUAGGUGGGACAUCAUGAGUGGAUUUGAUCUAUGCGCUUGCCUAAAUGGCAAUGAUUUAAUGAUACAACGAUUAUUGUCUAUUUUGCGACAAUCACAAGAAUAUUGCACAGACAAUGAGUGUCUUACUCCACCUUCAUUGCCUGCUUCACCUAAUGCUCAAGUUGAAUCAGGUGACUUUAUGGUGGUGUGUCUCAUGAUGAUCUUUGGCAUGCUAUUAUAUGUGCUCAGACCAAAUUCACUUCGUCAAUCAAGUGGUGGAAAAGGUAGAAACAAUGAUGCAGACACUGAUGGUGAACCACCAUUACCUCCAUCCUCUGUAAACUAAAAUGGCUUGAGGCUGGAUCUCUCAAGCCAUCAUUUGUUUUAACAUAAAAUGGUUGUAAAAAAUUUCUGAUUCAUUAAAAUAUUUUCUAGUUCCCUUUAAA